AUGUUAGCUCUUUCUAGAGUCGCGACCUCUAACGCAGACUCGCAGACGCAGACUCGCAGACGCAGACUCGCAGACGCAGACUCGCAGACGCAGACUCGCAGACGCAGACUCGCAGACGCAGACUCGCAGACGCAGACUCGCAGAUUCGCGUAG